AUGACAGAAGUUGUUGAAGUGAUCGAUAGCAAAAUUACAAAAAACAGUUAAUUUUAUAGCCUUCGUCAUAUUCUAGACUAAGAUAACUCUAAAAAUGGAAUUUGGAGAUCAAAACUUUAUUAAUGUAUCUCAAAUUAAAAGCGAUGAACACAAUGAAAGAGCAAAUUUUAACUCAGAAACGGACGAUCCUUUACAAGAGCUUGAUGUAGACCUAAACCCGCCGAGAUACUACAAAUUGGAUGAUAUCGUGUUUGCCGAGCCCUUGCCAAACAUUUCUAACGACGAAAAAGCUUUAAAGGACACAGAACAACACAAUCAUAUCACUGUUGUGGACAAUGUCAUAAUAAAGAAGGACCCUGGAAAGAAAUACAAAAAGUAUGUCAUGGACAUAGAUGCUUCACAAUUACAAUGUCCACAGUCGAACUGUAUGCGGUUCUUCACCACCACAAAGCUCUUGAAAGCCCACAUACGUAAAGUUCACUGUGCAGAUAAACAGAAGUACAUCUGUGACCAGUGUGGCCGAGGAUUUUCAGCCCAGUACUUGCUGCAGAGGCAUGUGUUAGUGCACAGCGGUGAUUCGGUGGAGUGUCCUGUGUGUGGAGCGAAGCUUAAACAGAGAACUGGUCUUACAAACCACCUUCGUUCUCACCAGAACAUCCGUGCACACGAAUGUGGAGUAUGCAAGAAGAAGUUUACCAGGGCACCGACAUGUGCAACUCAUGUCAAGUUUGUGCACAAAAAAGAAACUCUAGCAUGUGAUCGGUGUGAACAACGAUUUUCAUCUCGCAAUCAAUGGAGUCUGCACAUGAAAUCCCACCGGAAUGAAAAUCCUGGUUGAUGCAUCUCAAACUGACACUCCAAAGGU